GGCGGAGCGGGAGCCGCAGCGCUGCCGGGGCCAUGGGCUGCCGGGCGGGGGCCGCCGCCCCUCGCCGCGCCCGGUGACCACCCCGCCGGCCCGGGCGAAGAUGGCGGAGAGGUUGGAAUGGGUGGAAAUCAUUGAACCUCGUACGCGAGAGCGCAUGUACGCCAACCUGAUCACGGGCGAGUGCGUCUGGGACCCGCCUGCCGGCGUCCGCAUCAAGCGCACUAACGAGAACCAGUGGUGGGAACUCUUUGACCCCAACACCUCACGCUUCUACUACUACAAUGCCACCACCCAGCGGACGGUGUGGCACCGGCCACAGAACUGCGACAUCAUUCCCCUGGCGAAGCUCCAGACACUGAAGCAGAACACCGAGUCGCCUCGGGCCUCCACCGAGAACAGCCCUGGGCGCAGCACCAAUGUCAGCCGGGAAGGGAGCACCAGCUCCUCCCUGGAGCAGGACCUGGAGGGCGGAGAGAAGGUCCCGGAGCAGAACCGGCCCAACCGGCAGCUGUCCCAGUUUGCCAUCGUCAAGGAAGAAGCAGAAAGCUCUUCGCCUCCUGGAGUUUUUGAGAAAGAAUACGAGCUUUACCGAGACUACGGCUCAGACGGGCAACGACUCCACUACCGGGCGUCUUCUCUCCGGUGGAACACGGGGACGAAGGAGCGGAUGCUUAUCAAGGUGACGGACCGGGAGCCCAGCUUCCUGAUGCACCAGGGUAACGGCUACACCCUUGACCAUCCGCAGGGCUCGCGGUCACGGAGACCCUCGGGGGGCCAGCCGUCCCCCAACCUCCAGACCUUUGCCACUGAUCCAGACAACUCGGUCUUCUUCCCGGAGAGAAAGCAGUCGCCCUUCCUGAAGCGGGCCGAUCACGUGGGCAGCUGCUCCCCGAUGCAGGCCCAGCACCGCAAGCACUCCAGCGAGUCCCAGCCCUCCUCACCGCGCUACGCCUACGAACCGCCCUUGUACGAGGAGCCUCCUAUGGAGUACCAGGCGCCCAUCUACGACGAGCCGCCGGUGGAUAUGCAGUUCGAGGCCAGCGGGAGCUACAAGGCCGGCUCCCCCCAGAAGUCGCCCAUCCGCAAGCCCCACCCAUUCCUGCAGUCGCCCAAGCAGGCCUCCCCCUCCCCCUACCAGCAGCUGGUCUUGACCAAGCAGAAGGGCUCGGACCGCUUCAUGAGCCUGGAGUACAGCCCAGCUGGCAAGGAGUACGUCCGGCAGCUGGUCUACGUGGAGCAGGCAGGCUCCAGCCCCAAGAUGAAGAGUGCCCCCCGGCACAAGUACUCCCCCAACCCCAUCGGUGGCUCCUACUCGCUGCAGCACAGCCCCUGCCUGAUGCGGGACCAGCGCCUGGAGGUCAAAUCCGGGGACUACAGCAGCAUGGAGGGGGCAGAUUUCCGGCACAGCCCUCCGGCCGGCCUGCCACCCUUGCAGGGGGAAGACCCCAUGUCCUGCUCCAGCCAGCAGAACACCUUGUCCUCCACGGGCUACUCCCCGGGCAGCCGCAAGCGGAAGAGCAGGAAGCCGGCUCUCUCGUAUGACCCCAACACCUCUUCCACUGAUGGCUCCGGGGAGCGGGAGGAGGCGGCACCGGAGGAGAGGCCUCCCUCCAGCUGUGGCCGGCCCCAGGGUGGCCGCCUGGAGAGCCGGUCUGUGGAGGGCGAGCCCAGCCGGGCCUUUGCGGAGCCCUUCCUGGCCCAGGCCCGCCUGGCCUGGGAGGCGCAGCAGGCCCACUACCACAUGAAGCAGCGCAGCAGCUGGGACUCCCAGAAGGACGGCUCGGGCUACGAGAGCGACGGGGCCGUGCCGCUGCCCAUGCCUGGCCCAGUGGUGCGCGCCUUCAGUGAGGACGAGGCUCUGGCCCAGCAGGAGAGCAAGCACUGGAAGAGGAACCCCUUCGAGAAGCUGGGCUUUCCCCAAAUCCUGCUGGAGAAGAGCGUCUCUGUGCAGACGAACCUGGCGUCGCCCGAGCCCUACCUGCACCCGUCCCAGUCAGAGGAUCUUGGUGCCUGUGUUCAGUUUGAGAGCAGCAGACAGAACAGGAAUAUGAUGCCUAGCACCAGCUGUGUCUUCCCCACCUUUAAUCUGAGGAAGCCUUCCUCAGAGACAGACAUUGAGAACUGGGCCUCCAAACACUUCAACAAGCACACACAAGGCCUCUUCCGGCGCAAGGUCUCCAUUGCCAACAUGCUGGCAUGGAGCAGCGAGUCCAUCAAGAAGCCCAUGAUCAUGACCACCGACCGCAACGUCAAGAAGGAAGCCUGUGAGAUAUUCAAACUGAUCCAGAUGUACAUGGGGGACCGCCGGUCUAAGACAGACCAGCUCAGCGUGGCUCUGGAGAUCGCCACCAAAGGGUGGAGCAUGCAGGGCCUCCGGGAUGAGCUGUACAUCCAGUUGUGCCGGCAGACCACUGAGAACUUCCGCUACGAGAGUCUCGCCCGGGGCUGGGAGCUGAUGUCCAUCUGUCUGGCUUUCUUCCCUCCCACUCCCAAGUUUCAUUCCUACUUAGAGGGAUACAUUUACAGGCACAUGGAUCCAGUGAAUGACACAAAAGUUACUCAGCACAUUAAAGAGCUCCUGGAGAGAAACAGUAAGAAGAAGUCCAAAUUGAGAAAGAAACCCAAGCCUUAUAUUGAAGAGCACGAUGGGGUGGCGGUAAGCACUUACGCCAAGUAUUGUUACAACAAGCUCCAGAAAGCAGCGUUGACUGGCGCCAAGAAGGGCCUGAAGAAGCCAAACAUCGAAGAGAUUCGCCAUGCCAAGAAUGCCGUCUUCAACCCUUCCAUGUUUGGAAGCUCCCUGCAGGAAAUCAUGAACAUGCAGAAGGAGAGGUACCCAGACCGCCAGCUCCCGUGGGUGCAGACCAGGCUAUCAGAAGAAGUCCUGGCACUCAAUGGAGACCAGACCGAAGGCAUCUUCAGAGUUCCUGGAGACAUUGAUGAAGUCAACGCCCUCAAACUGCAGGUUGAUCAGUGGAAAAUCCCCACUGGCUUGGAAGAUCCCCAUGUUCCUGCCUCCUUGCUGAAGCUCUGGUAUCGGGAACUGGAGGAGCCUCUGAUUCCCCACGAUUUUUACGAACAGUGCAUCACACACUACGAGAACCCAGAAGCUGCGAUCGCUGUGGUCCACUCCCUGCCCAGGAUCAACAAGAUGGUGCUUUGCUACCUCAUCCGUUUCCUCCAGGUGUUUGUGCAGCCGGGCAAUGUGGCAGUCACCAAGAUGGACGUCAACAACCUUGCCAUGGUGAUGGCUCCCAACUGCCUGCGCUGCCAGUCGGACGACCCACGGAUUAUUUUUGAAAACACCCGAAAGGAAAUGUCCUUCAUCCGGGUGCUAAUCCAGCACCUGGACACAGGCUUCAUGGAGGGAGUGCUAUAGCCCCAGUGCCAACAGGAUCGGAACGGAGUUGGACACCCGUUGCCCCAGAUCUCCUCCCGCAUCCCAAAGUCAGUCGGGGAGAACCAUUUUUGAUGCAGCAGAAGAAACCACCUUGUUAAGCACCUGAAGAGAGAGCUGCAGGACACUGACCUUGCCAUCUCGGCUGUGCCAACUUGGGCAUCUGCUUGGCCCAGGAGCCCCUUGGGGCAUCUGCUGUGGACCAAAUGAGGCUGCCCCUGAGCAGCCCCCUUGUGGAGACCUCCCAGCCAGGACUUCAUCAGGAGAGCUUGCCUUAACGGACAGCCUGGCACCAUUCGGGGGAACUGUGAGCAAAGGUAGAAAGGCCGGGAGGUCUGCCCCCCCCCCAUUAAGUCUGUUCUGUGGAAGUGGGGGCUCACCACCUGGUUUGGGCAGCUGAGGGAAUGUUCGAGUUGGUAAGCAGGGGCAAAUGUCCAAGAUGGUAGCUGAAUCCUUUUCAGACCAGCCGGAGCGGUGGGAGGGAAUGAGUGUUGUAGGAUGCGGAUUGCCAGGACUGGCGUUGCAGGGAACCCGAACGUGCCUCCCAGGAAGUCAGUUAGUCUGGAUGCUCCUGAGGAGGAGGGGGGCCAUCAGAUUCACUGUGGGGAACCCAGAGGGGGUGGCACAUCAGGAAGGCACGAGCUGGUCGGUCGGUGAGGCUGGGCUAGUUUUUGGAACAGCCCCUUCCUUUUCCCUUCCUUGUUGCAGCACAGUCACUGCCAAAGGGGGCCAAGCCAUGUGCCCCCCAUCUUCCUCUCCCAGGGCCCAACAAAUGGCCUGGUGAUGCCAUCAUUGAAGCGGGAGCUGGACUGCCGGGAGGAGUUUUGUUCCGGUCCCCUUGUUUUCCUUGGCUGGCAGAGUUUGGCACGCUGUGAUGCAAGAGCAGAGUGCUUUCCUCACCUCUUUCCAAGUGAGGGGCGUGGGUGCAAAAGGGACCGGGCCCUCCUUGAGCCUCACAGCUCCCCGCUGAGUCAUGGCAGCAAGGAGGGUGGGCCCCGGAUCCUGGAGUUGCUCUUCCUUGCCCACACCGCCUCCAACACCCCUUCUUGCACUCGGUACAUUGU